GGUGAACGGAGUGCGCGAAAUGCAUUUCCCGACGGAAGACACGGUUAUGAACACUGCUUGGAUGGUUAUGCAGGAGUCGCUAACACUGCCCCUCCAGACCUCCAUCACCAGCUCGGCAUCCAAGCCCGGUGUAUUAAAAGUGGUAUUCCUGGCCUACCGUAACGUUCAGGACUUUCUCACACCAUUGAACCACACGUCUGCCCAACCCUCGGCCACCGGCGCCGGCAACUCAUUACUAUCGCCCGCAUCGGCGCUAUCGCUAUCGUCGGCGCCGACAGCCAUAUCGGGACAGUCGGCGACCACUGCCGGCCCAAUGGCCACCGCCGGUGGGGCUCCGGUAGCCAAGCGUGUGAUCAACAGCAAAGUGAUGACCCUAUCAUUGGUGGGCGAGACUAAUAACGCAUUCAAUAUACGUUUGGCGCAACCAAUACAACUCCGAUUCAAGCACCUGAUCGAGGAUAAUAUGUCUAAUCCUCAAUGCGUUUACUGGGAUUAUAAUAUCAGGUGA